AUGCUACGCCGGCCGCAGCACGUAUGGCGGGCAAAGCCAUGCCAACCAUCGGCCAAACUGGGGCUUCGACAAGGGCCCCAGUCGCGGCAGCAGUCCACGUCCAGUCGCAAUGACGCUACGACACCAUCUCCCAACUCAGCGAGCCAUGGAACCAUCACGACGAGUUCGCCGCAGUCGACGACAAUCGACCAUCUUCUGGCGGAGCUUCGUAAUGCCAGGAGCCAAGCACGAGAAGGAAGUGGCAAAGAUGGACCCUCGUUGCUGGCGCUCUUCCUCACGCCGGCGUUCGCCAGACAUGCCUUGGACGCGGAUCUGCCUCUGCGCGCAUUUCAAGAGUUGCGAGGGAGUAGGCAACAUGACAAAGAGCUGAGAACGGUAACGGCGGUGGUCGAUCGUGUACCAGAUCUCAACUUUGUGGGUAAUGGAGGAAAUCCGGGAGCAGAGGGGAUGGCGUACAUCUACAUGUCCUGUCUGAAUGCUGACGAGGAGCCCUUGCUCUCCUCUCACCGCCUCCAAAGUCAAGACACUGCCUCUUCGAAACAACUGACUCAAUCGGUACCCGGGACUGUGUCUUUCCGUGUUAGUCCCGAGCUCAAAUCACGACCACAGACAGUCGACCUUCAAAUGCCGCUUGCGCAAACGAUCUUCUCCACUGGCAAAAUUUCGACCAUGACUUCGGCGCUCUAUGUACCUGAUGGGGGCCACGGAAACACCCUUGUCCUAUCCAGUCAGCCUUCUCUGCUCGAUGCGCAACUACUACCAUUGCCAUUUACCUCUUCUGCAAAUAUUCUACGGCCGCAAUUCCCCUUCAAAGCUCUCACACGACCUAGAACGGUACACAACUGUAUGGGCAACAUCGUGCGUACCCUAUCCUCCACGCUCACCGAUUUCGACGAACCAUCCGCUACACCCACGCAUGGGCCAUCGCAACCAGCAUCGACGGAAUUGGAGACUGCCGUCAAGAACUUCUUUGAUGAGCACAGUCUCCCUCCUAAGCCCGUCCAAGUCUGGGCUCUUAUUUUGCCAUCCGAUCUUGCCGCUCGCAGCGCCCCUGAUGACCCGUUUGCCCGCUCAAGCCCGCUGUGGAAGAAGCAACGGAUAUUGUCCCCUGGACCUGUACACCCAAAGGACCUUCAGCAGGGUCUGAUGAGACUGUUGAUGCUUUACGGCGCACGGCUCUGCCGAGUUCUCAGCGGUGGUGGUGGUUGGGGCAAGAAAGCCGGGCUGCUGAGUCUCGAUCCGGAUGUGGACUUCUCCGGUAAUACGAACAUGUCCAAUAGUGAGCCUGACUUCACCACCCCGGCCAAGGACUCCGAGCUGGAAUACGAGAAGAAUUCUGCGCUUGGCGAGAUCGUGAAGGAGGGUGAAAGCAUCAUGUUCUUCAUCGGUCCGCCAUCGUCGGCUUACAUCGAGGACUCCGACGAACAGCGAAAGUACGACAGCUUGCUGGCCACUCCUUCGCUAUCGAGCAGUGCGUCGCAACGGGCUCGAAGCACCAUCCUCGGUUCCUUGCCUUCUUCCGUGGAUGCCAUGCCGACACCGGCUGGUGGUCCCGCGGACUCUGCCGCUGCACCCGAGAUUCAUCACUUCGACGACGUCUUUGGCGCACUGUCUGAAGGAGGCUUAGCUGCCACCAUCGACACACCUUCUAAUUCUAGAACGCCGGCAAUGGUCACUCAGACCAAGAUAGAUGUACCGUUUUCAACACUGAUAUUUGCUUCCGGUACUUUCACUAAGCAGCCAAUGCGGUUCAAAGACUCCCAUGGUCCAGAAACGCAGGAAGAGGGUAGUGUGUUCAAAUCACAGCCCAAGGCGCCGGAGGGGCCCGCUCAGCCAGAACACACCCGAUCUGGUCAUGUCGUUCGCAAAGUGGCGCCACCUCGAUUCGUCACACAUAAAAUGGGAGUCAAACAACAGAACCAACAUCUCUACAACGGGGAUGGACCCUUUUAUAACCAGAGGUCUUUCUCGACAUCCAGUCGCUAUCUUGGAGAUGCCAAGCAGAGUCAAUCACCUGGCAACGAAACCUCGUCAAAGAACGCGGCACGUCUUUCUGGGCGGAAGAGUGUGCGCAACAAACUUCCGAGCAAUCCCAACUGGGACUUCACAAUCUCAAAGGAGCUAGUAGUGCGGUUUGCCGAACAGCAUCAGAGACUCCGCAGUGCUCUUGCGCAUUUGUGCAACCCGUCGCAUGGACUGAUUGACAACGCGGAUGAUCUACGGCCGAGGUACGACGUUCUUGCUGCGAAGAGAGCCCGGGACCUACAGAAGACGACUCUGGGGCGAAAUCAGUGGUGGCGCACGACGGCGAAAUUUCUAGAGUCGCUAGAGGCUUCUAAGGUUGGGGUGGUGACAGCAGAUGGAAGCCUAGUGAUACGUCUGCGAGAAUUGGUCCCGACUGCGACUGCGGAGGAACUGUCGGCGAAGGAAGGUUCGAGCCAUGUAUCGCCAUCACCGGCUUCGCGCCCUGCACGAGAUUGGAAGACGCAAAGGAAGUUGAACAAGAUCUUGGCUUCGGAUCAGACUCCAGCACCACCGGCGCCGCCUACUACACCCGGGCGGAGCACGCAAAAGAAGUUGAGCAAGAUCUUGACUUCAGACCAGAAGACUCCAGCACCGCCCUCUCACGGGGUGCCACCACAAUCUCCUGUGCCAAUUCGCUACGAAGAAAUGAUUGUGGUAAGGCACGUCGAUCCCGAACAGGGCGCAACAGACCGACGACGCCCUCUUGUAAGGCCGCAGCGUCACACUCAAAAUCUCACUAGAGUUCGCACUAUGCCUAGCUCACUGCGAGUGAGAUACUUCGACCAGCCCGAAGAGCCGGACAAUCCAGCGGUUCCAGAUCCGCGCAGUGCACCGCAGAUCACGACGGAUCCAGCGCGAACAAGGGAUUUGCGCAGGACAGAACAGGAGAAGCUUAAGAGCGAGCUCUGGGAGAUUUUUCAGGACGAGAUGCGGGAGGCUAGCAGAUCUGGCGAUGGAGAAGAAUGA